AUGUCGAGCAAUGACGGUGCGGCCGACACGCCGCCGCGGCGCCGUGCGGGAGCGGACGAGAGGAAGGAACACGGAAGCGGUAGCCAAGUGUAUCAUUGUGACUACGAUGCUAUGCGCGUAAAGACCCGCCCCAGUUUUGUGAGGAGGUGGAACAAUAUCGUCGUCGGUUUUCUUUGGUCGUUGCUCCACUUUUACCUCACGUACAACUUCAUGCUCCAGCUGGUGGCGGCUGAUGGCAAGUUCACAUUCGUGAAACAGCGCCUAUUCCUGCUGGCCGAGUUGGCACUCUUUUGGGGCCUGUUAUAUUCCGCAGUAUACGGGGUCAUUCUUUUCGACAGCUGUAUGCGAUUCCACGUCGAAAAUUUUGACUCCUUUCCGAAGAUGUACAGUGACCACGCCGUACAGGAGGCGUUGAUGCACAGUGAUUUCAAGAAAUACAGUUUCAUCAAGCAUCUCUACGGCGCCAUAUUCUUGGCGCCUCUUCGGUUAUUGGCCUGCGUUCUAUUCUUUGCCUUGUGUGUCGUCCUCAUAGGCAUCCCCUUAACGCUGUUCGGAGAUCGCUUCAAGGAGCCGACCAGGAAAUAUGUUGCCACCAUGUUUCGCUACGUAACGCGCAUCAGUUUAUGGGGCAUAGGUAUAUCCGAGGUCAAGUCAGUGUACGCGGAUGGCGUCACUGUGGACAAGCCUAUAAACGUGAUUAACAACCACAUUGGUGUUCUGGAUACCCUCUACAUCCUGCAGAAUGGGUCGUACUCGUUUGUAUGUAAGAAGGCGUUAGAGCAUACUUUUAUCAUCGGCGAAUUCAUUCGCCUGCUGAAAUGUAUCACUGUAGAUCGCGAAUGCGAAAAGAACCGCAGGGAGGCGUACCGAGCCAUAGCAAAUCGUAUGAAGGCCAUUGACCAGGGACACGAGAGCGUGUCCUUGGUGGUCUACCCCGAGGGUACUACCUGCAAAGGGAGCGUCUUGCUGCCCUUCAAGCAUGGCGCAUUUGGUGCCCUGGUUCCACUGCAGCCUCUGCUAAUGGUACUCGACUACACCUACCUGGACAUCGCCUACGAUGUUUUCACCUGGCCGUGGUGGACCAUUCACACCUGCUGCUCUCCAGCGAGCGUGCGCCUCAUCGCAUACUGGCUCCCAGCCAUCCAGCCUCCGACUGCAGAGGAGCUUGCGCUGAAGGGGGAGCACCAAUGCGUGCGGGAGUAUGCGUUAUACGCAAACCGUAUCAUGCGUGAGGCUGUCGUUAAGCUGAACCCCAACGCCGAUCUGGAGCACAUACAGAAGAGGGACGUUGUGGUAUCGCCUUCUCUGCGCGGCAAACUGACAGCUCGCUUGUAUGGUCCAGUAAUGCAGCAACACUACGAAAUCACUGACGCGGAGUUGAGCAAAACCGAGGAAGUGGUUUACCACUAA